AGCAUAAUGUUAUGCUGGUUCCGGGGCGGCACUACUCGGUACUGCUUUCUGUCUCCGAGUCCAGCAAAAAAAAAAAGGGGGGGAUACUCGGCCUGCCAGAACCAGCUCGCAUCGUCCUCGAAUGAAUUAUCCAUUUCCCCAGGAGCCACCAAUAACGAUGCAUGGCUUGUAAAGCACCAAACAUGGCUCAAAGGAAGCGGCCGGGGACCAGCGGAGUAAACAACAUGGCCCCUCCACCUCCCACCUCCUGUCCCACGCCUCAUCGACCGGAGUCACGCGAGUCGAAAACCCUCCCCGCUCGCCAGCGUCCAACCCGUUACCCGAAGGAAUCACACGCUCCCAAGCCGCUUCCCCGUACCUGCAAGUCCCAAUAUUCCACGGUUCGCAGCUGUCCGGAAGAGGACACGGAUGCGGAUGUAGAACUGAAGCGAUAUAGCGACGGACCAGAUGCAGAAUUACAGGACCAGAGACCUCCCACUCCGUCGACGCCUGAACUUGAGCCUGAGCAAGAACACCAAAACCGGGUGGAUGUCCGUGAUGGAGGUGACAGCCUGGAUGAUGACUCCAGCUCCGACUACAUUAACAACACUUCAGAGGAUGAGGAAGACUAUGAUGACGGACUGGCAGAGGAGGAUGAAGGCGUCACUUACUACAUCCGGUACUGCCCCGAGGACGACAGCUACAUGGAAGGUAUGGACUGCAGCAGGCAAGGAGACCGCAACCACCACCAUCACAGCCAGGAAGAACAUGUCGCUUCUAUGCAGCAAAACGAAGGCCAUCAGGAAGCUGUGGAAGAAUGGACUGAGGAUGGAGAAGGAGAAGUUAGAGAAGAGGAGUGGGUGGAAGAUAAAGAGGAGGAAAGUGCCGUCAGGGAAGAGUGGAGAGAAGAAGAAGAAGAAGGGGACCGGGAGGAGUGGAGGGAAGGAGACGAGGAGUGUGGAGAGGAGUGGACGGAGGAGGGUCCGGGUCGGCAAGACCAGCAGUGGACUGGUAGUGAGAGGCACAGAGUGGACGAGUGGGCUGAAGGUGAGGGGGAGGUACGCUGCGAGGUGGUGGAGCAAGACCCCGAUGAACAUAUAUACAAUGGCCGACCAGAACCGAUAUUGGACCAUAACCAUCACAAUCACCACCAUCACCACCAACAUCCGAUGCAGGACGACCUCCGACACGACGACGACGAUGAUGAUGAAGAAGAACAUGACGAUGCGGAGAGCGAAGACUACUGUCCAAAUGACGAAGCAUACGAGGAAGAAGACGAAAGACACGGGACGGCCUACAACGGAGACUACUACGUCCCGGAGGACAACGGUAACUCGGUGCAUGCUUCGCCAUUCCGAGGACGUAAAGUGAUGGUGGUUGAGGGGGAGACGGGUGAGGAGGCGGAGGAGGACAUUGACCAAAUAGUCGCUGAGAUCAAGAUGAGUAUGAGCAUGGGGAGUCUAAGUAGCGGUACCGACCAAAGUCCGGAGGAGCUGGCGCAGGACCCGCUCGCAGGCGACUACCCUCACGGCAAGCCCGACGACGCGGCGGCGUACCCGCCGGCUCACCACCGCCAUGACAGCAGACCCAAGUCUCUCAACCUGCCCUCCGUGCAUCAUAACAACCCGGACCUCCAGAGGGGUCUGAAGAUCCAACCGCAUUCGCCAGAAGAUCGACAGAGGUGGCAACAAGAGCAGGUGAACAACGGUGCGGAUCAGCCGAGAAAACAGCAGCGCUCCGAUCUUAACAUUCCACUGGAGAACAACAACGUACCAGACACUAGCAAAAAGGUUGCAGCAUUCCCCAGCUUUGUUGACGUACCAGGACCCUGCGAGCCAGAAGACCUGAUUGAUGGGAUCAUCUUUGCUGCUAACUACCUGGGCUCGACUCAGCUGCUGUCUGAGAGGAACCCCUCCAAGAACAUACGCAUGAUGCAGGCCCAGGAGGCAGUCAGCAGGGUUAAGAGGGUACAGAAGGCUGCCAAAAUCAAGAAAAAGGCGAGCCCGGACGGAGAAGCUCAAACCCUCACAGAGGUUGAUCUAUUCAUCUCCACGCAGAGGAUCAAAGUCCUCAAUGCAGACUCGCAGGAAACGAUGAUGGACAAUGCGCUCCGCACCAUAUCCUACAUCGCUGACAUUGGAAACAUCGUGGUGCUAAUGGCGAGACGUCGAAUGCCCCGCACAGCCUCCCAGGACUGCAUCGAAACCACCCCUGGGGCACCGGAAGCCAAGAAGCAGUACAAGAUGAUAUGCCACGUCUUUGAGUCUGAGGAUGCCCAGCUAAUCGCUCAGUCCAUCGGGCAGGCUUUUAGCGUCGCUUACCAGGAGUUCCUGAGAGCCAACGGCAUCAACCCGGAGGAUCUGAGCCAAAAGGAGUACAGCGACAUCAUCAACACGCAGGAGAUGUACAACGAUGACCUCAUUCACUUCUCCAACUCGGAAAACUGCAAAGAGCUGCAGCUGGAGAAGACUAAAGGCGAGAUCCUGGGUGUCGUGAUUGUGGAGUCUGGUUGGGGCUCCAUCCUCCCCACUGUCAUCUUAGCCAACAUGAUGAACGGCGCGCCUGCGGCACGCUCGGGCAAGCUGAGCAUCGGGGAUCAGAUCAUGUCCAUCAACAACACCAGCCUCGUCGGGCUGCCACUCGCCACCUGUCAGGGAAUCAUCAAGGGCUUAAAGAACCAGGUUCAGGUGAAAAUGAACAUCGUCAGCUGCCCUCCUGUUACGACUGUCCUCAUCAAGAGACCCGACCUCAAGUAUCAGCUGGGCUUCAGCGUGCAGAACGGCAUUAUAUGCAGUCUGAUGCGUGGCGGCAUCGCUGAGCGAGGCGGCGUCCGGGUUGGCCACCGGAUCAUCGAGAUCAACGGGCAGAGUGUGGUGGCCACGGCGCAUGAGAAGAUUGUCCAGGCACUCUCCAACUCCGUUGGCGAGAUUCACAUGAAGACGAUGCCUGCCGCCAUGUUCCGACUCCUCACGGGCCAGGAGACGCCGAUGUACAUAUGAAGCCAUGAAAGGAUCCACAAAAACAAUAACAACAACAAAAAACUGUUAUUGUACAAACCCGGAGGUGAAUGAUGAAUUGUCGCCUUUUUUUGUUUGUCCCAUCGUUAAAAAAAAAAAAAAAACAUCUCGUUUGUGCUCUCGUUUCCCCAUCAGUGACGUCAAAAAGACUUACUAUUUUUUUAUACUCAUGCACGUAAAGGCCAGAUUCCUUCCCCUUGAUUAUUUAUUUCCUGUGGACGGAGCGUCGUUGUACAUUUUUACUGAACUCUUCCGUCCCGCUGCCAAGCAGGAAGUGGUUUUUGAUGGUUUGAGGUCGAAUCCAUUGAAACCUGCUAAGCGGAUGAAUCUUAAUGUGGAUUAGUGAAUGAAACUGGUGUGUGCAGGAAGAAAUGCCAUAUAUGGGCGUAGGACCAGAGCUGUCCUAUCUAGUCUUUGAGCACAGACUGAUGACGACGCCAAUGGCGACAUUCACCAUAUAGGCCAUAUGUAGUGUAUGUUCCACUUUAUUUAACAUGGCAAUACACGCCCGCCUUGGCAGACUUUUUCCAUGGAAGUCCGCUUCCGACACUGGAAAGGGAAAAUAGAUCCCGACGGUAGGUCACGAUUGUGAGAUAAAAAGACGUGAAUAUGGAAUAAAGUUGAAUUUGUGAAUCUAAGAAAGUCAUAUAUUAGGAAAAAAAAGUCAAUAUUAGGAGCUAAAACAUUACAGUUACAGUUACAAAAAGUCAUAAUUAUGAGAUAAAACUAUAAGAUAAAGUCCAAAUUAUGAGAUAAUAAAGUUAAUAAAGUUGCAUGUAUAAUUGAGAUACAAAGUCAUAUAUAUAUACGCAUAUAUAAAAGAUAAAAACUAAGAAUUCAGAAAUUAAAAGUCACAAUUAUGAUAGAAAUUCACAAUUGAGAUAAAAAAAAAGUCAAAAAUAUGCCAUGGAAAUUCAAACUUAUGAUUAAAAAGUCAAAUUUACGACAUAAAAAAAGUCAAAAUUCUGAGAUAAAAAAAUCACAAUUGAGUUAAAAAGUCCAAAUGAUGAGGUAAUAACUCUAUAAAAGUCGCAUGUAUGAGACAAAAAGUCAACAUUCUUACAUGAAAAUGUCAAAAUUAUGAGAUUAAAAGCCAAAAUUAUGACAUAAAAAUUCACAAAAGUCAAAGUGUCUUGAUACAAAUGUCAUAAUUAUGAGAUAGAAUUCCAUAAUUGAGAUAAAAAGUCAUAUAUAUGAGGUAAAAACUAAUAAUUCUGAAAUAUAAAGCCAUAACUAUGACGUAUAAAUUCAUAAUUGAGAUUAAAAGUCAAAAAUAUGACAUGAAAAGUCAAAAUUAUGAUUAAAAAGUCACAAAAGUCAAGGUUUUUAGAUACAAAUGAUAAAAACUAAGAAAAGAUAAAAACUAAGAAUUCAGAAAUAAAAAGUCAAAAAAAAUAAAAAUAAAAUAUGCCAUGAAAAUUCAAAAUUAUGAUUAAAACGUUAUGAUUAUGAUUAAAAAGUCAAAAAGUCAAAUUUACGACAUAAAAAAGUCAAAAUUCUGAGAUAAAAAAUUAUAAUUGAGAAAAAAAAGUCACAUUUAUUAGGUAAAAUGCCAUAAAUAUGACAUAAAAAGUAAAAAUUCUAAAAUAAAACAUCAUAAAUAGGACAUGAAAAAUCGAAAUUAAUAAAUUUGAAUUCAAUAAAUUGAAAUUAAAAGUCAAAAAUAUGUCAUGAAAAGUCAAAAUUCUGAUUAAAAAGUCACAAAAGUACAGAUACAAAUGUCAUAAUUAUGAGAUAGAAUUCCAUAAUUGAGAUACAAACUCUUAUAUAUAUAUAUAUAUGUAUAUAUAUGUAUAUGUAUAUGUAUAUAUAUAUAUAUAUAUAUAUAUAUG